ACUCUUCCCCGCGAAGUGCGAACUACUGAACCGAAACAGUUUAGUUUCUUUGGUUCUUCCCACUGAACUGUUUGCCGAAAUUCGUUUUCAAUCUCCUUAUCCCGCAGUUGUGAAGAAGAGCUACAAAAACAAACAAAGCUCACGAUUCAUCGCGCCUUUCUCUAUAGAUAGCUGCUCCGCUAUAUGAUAUAUCCGAAACCCUCUCUUAUUCCUUCACGCUUUUCGUUGCCUUCCAAUUCCGUGUAAGGUAAAACGAUGCACGCGGUGCUCAUAGUAAUUUUUGGAGACUUGAGAUAAAGGGAGAUGGGCGGUUGUUGUUGUUGUUGUUCUUCCAGAGAGACUGAAUUGAGCGCUCCACCUCCAUCCUACUAUUACCCAAGAGUAUCAGAGGAGCAUGUCCCACUAUCAUCUCACCACGGUGCUGCCCCUUCUUUUUCGGGAGGGCUCUUAGUUGAUACUAAUCUAGACACUUCAAGUCCUGAUAUUUAUAGACCGCCUCCUGCUCCUAUCCCUUUCAAUGGUACAUUAGGUUUCACUCAAACUCCGCCUAUGGCUCAAGAAAUUUGUGAGGACAAGACUAAUGCAUCUCUGCUUACUACAAAUUCUAAUCCAAUUCAAGAAACAGUUGCGGGGGACAAUCAUGGGACCUCAACUAAAUCGGAAGAGCUGAAGGAAUCAGAUUGCAAAGUCCAGACUGCUUUUGAACUUGACACAGGAAAGGAUUCUGAAAUUGGACCUCCAAAGAUGGCAGAAACUACUAUUUUAGUGAAAGAGGAGGACGAAUGCCCGAUUUGUUUAGAAGAGUAUGAUGCAGAGAAUCCAAAACUCUCCACAAAAUGUGACCAUCAUUUUCACCUUGCCUGCAUUCUAGAAUGGAUGGAAAGAUGUGAAACCUGUCCUGUGUGUGAUCAGGAUACGGUCUUCAACCUUCCCAUUGAUUAAUAGAUAUCAACAACUUGGUUCAAAAUCAAAGACAAUGUGAUAUAAUGUUUGGAAACCAAGGUUACAAGAUCAAUAGUUUUCUGUUUUGGCAACCCAAGUAUAUUUGUGUAUUUUUUUUGUUUAGUUUUCUGAGUUUCUUUGAGGUUUUAUUCCAUUUUUUAUCCCUACUGCUUUGUGUUAAUACCAGAAAAAUUAAAGAAAAGUAGAAUAUACCAUGGCGAUAGCCGUUGGACUGGGUUCCAAAGUAAGUUUCAUUCCAUUUCAUAGUUCUUUAAUUAGAAAGUUGAAGUGAUAUCAGGAUUCUAUGCGAACUGGUGUAAAUAGAAUUUGGGAUGGCUUGCACAGAUUAUCCCUAUAGACAUGUUAGUUAUAGAACAGAGCGGUCAAUAUGUUUUUUCGUUCUUCUCUUGUUGUGUCUGUCACUGUCAGACUUUUUGUGAACAGAUUGGAUCCUCUUGCUUUCGUUAUUUUGCUUUCAUGUUUUACAUUUGAAUUAUGUGGUUUUGCUGGCGAGCGUUGGAUGUAAUAUGAUCGAAUGAAACGAUAUUCCAGUCAGUGGAUUGGCAGAAGAA